AUGAGAAUCUUUUUAAUUGUUGGUUUGAUAACAAUGAGCUUAUGUGUUUAGUUCAGUCUUCUUUAGAUGUGUGCCUGUAGUGAAUAUGGAUAAACAUUAUGUGAAUUGUAUCAUUACUGUUCUUGGAAUGGAACCACUUGUGUAGAUAUGGAUUGUUAAUAUUUAAAAACAGAUGAGUAAUGUACUGGACACUCUUCUGAUUAUAAAUGCAAAUGGCAUACUGAUAAAUGUGAAAGCCAUAAUUAUACAUGUGCUGAUUUUGAUAAAGAGGAUUGUGGAUAAAAAAUUUAUGGUUUUGACUGUAUGUGGGUUGAUGAGAAAUGCUAAGAUUUCUCUUGUACUUCUGCCACAGAAGAGGAUUGUUCUCCAUUCUCAUGUUAAAUGACCAGAGAGGAUAAUACUUGUAAGGAGCCUUAAAGUCUUGAUUGCUCUUCAUUUUCAACAGCAGCUACCUGUGAUUAAUCAGAUGGAUAUGGAAAUAUGUGUUAUUUCAAUGAUAAUUCGAAAUGCACAUAAUAUGAUUUUUUCUCUACUAAUUGCACAGAUUAUUCAGAUGUUUAAGAAUAUUGCAAUUAAUUUUGUACAUAUGAUGAUACUUCUAAAACUUGUAAAGCAAAGAGUUGCUCCGACUUUAUAAAUUAACAUAAUUGUACUAUUUAAUUAGAUCUGCCAGGAUUUAAAAUAAUUCCAUGUACUUGGAAUGGAACAACUUGUUAUGAAACAACCGCUUCUGAAUUAGAAUAACUUGAUAUGUAAUCAUGCAUGAAUAAGACCAUGGUAAAUUACAAAUGGUCAUUUGAUAAUAAUAAAUGCACAGCUUGCACUUAAUUUACCUCCAAUCCUGCAUUUAAAUAUUUAUCAGAUUAUUUGAAAAUAAGUUAUGGAUUCUAAAUUAUUACCAUAGUAAUUGGAUUAAGUUUGAUCUUAAAUUGA